AUGUCCACUGUUUCUUCCUUCAUCACAUUCACAAUCUUCACCAUUUUCAGCAUAUCAUGUGUAGCCGAAGCAGUGGGUGUGAACUGGGGAACCAUGGCUUCGCACCCUCUUCCACCUGUUAAAGUAGUGAAGCUUUUGAAGUCCAACAACAUUAAUAAAGUGAAACUGUUUGAUGCAAAAGCCGAUGUUCUUCAAGCUCUUUCUGGGUCUAACAUUGGUGUUACGGUCGGUGUUCCUAAUGUUAUGCUUAGAGGCUUGAAUUCUUCUAGAAAGGCUGCGGAGAGUUGGGUUCAUGAUAAUGUUACGCGAUAUGUUUCUAAUGGAGGAGGUGGAGCGAGAAUUGAAUAUGUUGCUGUUGGCGACGAGCCGUUUCUUAAAAGUUAUGGUGAACAAUUCCAUCCCUUCAUAAUUGGAGCUGCUACGAACAUUGAAGCUGCUUUAAAUAGAGCAAAAUUGGACAAAGUGAAAGUAGUAGUUCCAUGCAGCUUUGAUAGUUUUGAGUCUAGUUCCAACUCGUCUACUGAAGUGCAUUUCAGAUCCGACGUCAACAAAACCAUGAUUGAGCUACUCACGUUUCUCAACAAGCACGGAUCGCCUUUCUUCGUGACCAUUUCGCCAUUCAUAACCUUCCUCCAAACCAAAAAUAUUUCUCUUGAUUUUUCACUCUUUAAAGGAACUGCACACCCUCAUAAAUUUAGCCGCAAAACAUACAAAAAUAGUUUCGAUUUGAGCUACGAUACCGUAAUUACUGUUUUAUCAAAAGUGGGAUUUCCUAAUAUGGAAAUUGUUGUUUCAAAGAUUGGUUGGCCAACCGAUGGAGCUAUCAACGCAACCUCGUACCUAGCUGAAACCUUCAUGAAAGGCCUAAUGAACCACCUUCAUAGCAACUUGGGAACCCCGCUUCGACCACACCAACCCCCACACGAAACAUACAUUCAUAGCCUUCUCGACGAAGAUCAAAGGAGCAUUGCCGCCGGAAACUUUGAAAGGCAUUGGGGUUUAUUCACCUUCGACGGUCAAUCGAAAUACCACGUGGAACUCGGUCAGGGUUCAAAGAGCCUAGUGAAUGCUCAAAAUGUAGAGUAUCUUUCUCCCAAAUGGUGUGUUGUGAACAACAAUGAAGACUUGUCGAAUGCAACUGCAAAAGCUUUAGAAGCUUGUGCAAAUGCUGAUUGCACUGCACUAUCUUCUGGUGGAUCUUGCUUUAACAUCACGUGGCCUAGUAAUGUAUCAUAUGCUUUUAAUAGUUAUUAUCAGCAACAUGAUCAGAAAGCUGAAAGUUGCGACUUUGGUGGACUUGGUUUAAUCACAACCGUUGAUCCGUCUGAGGAUCGCUGCAGGUUUCCAAUUGAGAUUCACACUUCUCAUGCAGAAUUUUAUAGGAUGAGUAGUUUCCUUUGGAUGAUUAUACUUGUAACAACUCUUUUGGCAUCUUAG